AUGAUGGAAGAGGAGCUCAUGGAGGGGCUGCCGAACGGCGUCGAUGAGGCCGCGUUCUUGCAGGCGCGGCUGAAGCUGUUCAUCCCGCGGCGCCCCAAAGAGCCCUUCGACCCCUACGGCGAACCUGAGAGCACCACCCGCAAGUUCAUUGUGCAGGGGGAGCUGCUGAAGGUGCAUCUGCUCAUCCAGCGGUCAGAGCCUUUGCCAACAAACGAUACUUCGAGCGAGGGUCUGCAAGAGCCGUUCAUCACCGACUCCUUCUUCUCGAGGCUCAAGUGGGAGGUUCAGUUCCAAACGCAAAAGUUCGACGCCAAGCUGCACGCUCUGCAGUCCAAAGGCAAGGGCAAGGCCAACGUCACCGAGGCCAGACCCAAACACACCUUCGGACCCAUCGAGGAGCUGAAGGGAGCUGGCAUGACGCCUAACGGCCUGCCCGACCCGCAGCUCACUCGCCUCCCCACCGGCGAUAUCAUGUACACCCUUCACAUGCCCAUCGCGCUGCAAGAGAAAUACGUUGCGAGCAAGCUUACGCUGAUUCUUGCCCUGCGACCAGUAGCAUUCCCAGAACGACCCUUCUCCACGCUGUCAGACGGCAUGCUGGCGCAGAUGGCGGUGACGAGCAUGGAGUCGCGCUCGCCCAUCGUGCGGACGCCGCUCUCCGUUCAUUUCGCCCGACACUCAAUGGAUUCGGUGCACUACAUCACCCUCGCGGCCGAAAACAACUGGACAUCUGCCCCUUCCGACUUCCCUCAGGCCAAGCUAGCCGAGCACUGCUUGCACCUGCAGAACAUUUGGUUGCAAAAGGACGCCACGAAGCUGCUCACCACCUCGCCAAAGUCGACCACGGAAAAGAAAGACGCCGAGACCAAGCUCGCCGAUAUGCAACAGUCGAUGCCCGCACCGCUAUUCGAGCAAACAGUAGUUUUACAAGGCAACAAAAGCAUGAGCGUCAGCGCAGCCGCACGUAAGCCCUUCAAGCUGGUCAAGAUCGACUUCGACCAUCAUUUCCGCCACACCAUAGAGAAGGGCGAGAUGCCGCUGAAACUGAGCGUCGGAGACAGCUACGCGUCGGUCGUCACGAUUGAGGGUCGCCCUGGUGCAAGCGGCAUGGGCGAUGCUGCUGGCACGCUCCAGUCCACCAUUAUGGUAGCCUGGACCGCCGCGUGUCUCUUUGCGCCCAUUCUCUCUCGCUACGACUUCCAGUGGCCCAAGCCCGAGUCUCCCUCGCUGCUGCUCUCGCUCAACGCCCCGUCUCCCGCCCCGCUGGGCCAGAUCUUCCCGGUCCACCUCACCCUCUCCAAUUUCAGCGCCAAGAAGGUGGCCCUCGAGCUCCUCGUCCCCUCGGCCAGCUCGCGCUCGCCCAGCCACCCGCCGCUGGUCGACGACAUAUCGCCCACGUCGCCGCGCGCCGGAUCCCCGCCGCCCGUCGAGCGUAAGAAGGUGGUGACGGGCAAGGUCGCCAGUACUUCCACGACCGCUCAACCUCCGAUGACGAAGGGCGCAGCGACGGAGAGCUCCUCGAUCACCCUCGGGGCGAUGAGCGCCUCCUUGUCCACCAUACCGCAGCCCCCACCGUCGUAUCGAGCCCGGUCGUCCCAGACGACCGGACCGUCGGAUGCCAGUCCCGGUAAGUUGGCAGUACCGGGCACGCGACCGCGAGCCGCGAGCCGCGGCGGCAACUCAGGCCAACACCGACGCUCGUCAUCCCUGGACAAUCCGUUCACACCGCCGCCUCGCUUGCCCGCCGCGGCUUUACGGGCUUCCCCGGCUCAAGGACAGAUCGCCAGGUCGCCUCGCAAGGACAUCAAAGACGACUUGGUCAUCCCGCCUACGCUGACAGAUGUUGGCCUCCUUUUCUGCCUGCAAAAGACGGUCAAGAUCGGAGAGGUGGAGGCCAACAGUUCGGUGCGAGUGAAGGUGGACUACGUGGCGGGCAAGGAGGGCGUGUACGAUCUGAAGCCCUUCGUCGUCGUCGACACCAUCACCAACCAGCGCUACCUUCUCAAACACUCGCCGCUCAUCUACGUGCUCCCGCCUGUGGCCACCUCCACACCGUCGCCGUAG